AUGCCGGUCGAGGAGGUGACAGGUGACCUGCUCUCAUCAGAGGAGCAGUAUAUCGUGCAGCAGUCCAACUGCGUUUCGGACUACGCUGCGGGCCUUGCCGCGGCCAUCGCGGAAAAGUUCCCGCAUGCCGAUGUGUAUAAGUCUUCUGCCAGGCGAGCUCGGGGAACGGACAAGACCGGUGACAUCCCUGGCACGAUUGCUGUUCUGGGUGGCGUGUGUGCUGAGAUGGACAAAGAGCAGCCAGGUGUCAUAAACCUCUUCGGCCAGUGGGCGCCUGGCAAGCCACGCAGUGGUGCUGCAAGUGCAGAGUACAAAGGCCUGUUGGGAGCGGUGAGCCUGCGCACAUACCCAUUACGCAGUGGGACACCAUAG